AUGGAGCGCCCGUUCCACCUGACGUACGAAGUGCAGGACAAGCGGGCUGGCGAAAACUUUUCCCGGCUCCGGGUCGUGCCCGGCGCAGAGCUCAACGCCGACAUCCUCGCCGAGACCAACGUCAACGACCAGGCCGACGGCGACGCCGCCGUUGUCGCCGCCCAGGGCGAAGAGCUGGCGCUGGUGGACGACACGGGCAAAGUAGUCGCGCGGUCCAACCGAGAAGUCAUUGACGACUCGGCGCGGCAGACGCUGACGUCGGAGGAAAUCGAGGUCUUGAGGCGCGAGGGCGCCUCGGCCGGCAAGGAGCUGAUUGCGAAACUCAUGCUGUCGCACACGGCCAUCGACCAGAAGACGACGUACUCGCUGGCGAAAUACAAGCUCUUGAAAGAGCGCAAGUUCCUGAGGCGCUUCUCCGUGCUGCCCCUGGACGUCGUCCUGCUGGGCCAGUGGCUGCUGGAGAACCGCGACGCCUGGAAAGUGCUGGACCUGAGGCCCGAGAUGAUGGGCCUCCUGGGAUGCUGGGCAGACGUCCACUUUGGCGGCGAGCCCGCGCAGGGCGCGCGCGAGCCUCACGGCGGGAGGUGGCUGGUCGUCGACGACACGGGCGGUUUGCUGGUGGCCGCUUUGGCCGAGAGGAUGGGACUGCUGUGCCGCGGGCCGGGAAGGCAGUCUGCCUCCGCGUCCGCCGCGGAGCAGGGCGAUACGGCACGGACGGCAGACGCGACCCCGGGGCGAGGCGGCGCCAACGGCGGCCCCGGCCGGCCGACGUCUCCGUCGCCGCCACGCGCGCAGCGGACGGCCAAGAAGCGUCCUCGCUGCGACGACCUCGACGAGCACUACGCCCUCACCAACACGAUCACGCUCAUACACGCCAACUCGCAGCCCAACCUGUCCGUCCUGCGGUACUUCGACUACGACGCCAGCGACCCCAGCCCGGCGCCCCCUUACCACCCGCUCUUCACCAACCUCCUCCCCAUCUCGUGGCUGCAACUCGUCAGCCCCGCCGACGACGUCGUCUGCUCCGAGAAGCCCGCCGACGCGACGCCCGAGGAGCUCGCAUCCUGGAAACCCAACCGCCGGGGAAACUACCACCGCAAACGCCGGCGGUGGGCCCGCACCAACGAAGUGGUCGAAAACACACGGGCAGGCGGCUUCUCCGGGCUGGCCGUGGCGACCACCAUGGACCCCGUCUCCGUGCUGCGCGAGGCGCUCCCUCUUUUGGCGGGAGGCGCCCCCAUCGCCAUCUACUCGCCCACCAUUGAGCCGCUGGAACAGCUGGCAGACUGCUUCAGCAUCGGCCGCCGGGCGGCGUGGGUGUCCUCGUUGCCCGCAGAGGCGGUCGGCAAAACGCAAGCCGAGCUCGACCGGUGGGAGGGCACGAGGGAGUUCCCCAUCAACCCGACCCUGGUGCUCGGCGCGGCGGUCCAGAGCAGCAGAGCCAGGAGGUGGCAGGUCCUGCCGGGGAGGACGCACCCGUUCAUGACGGGCAGAGGGGGCGCCGAAGGCUUCUUGUUCACGGCGUGGAGGGCGAUCCCCGCGCUGGGCAAGGUUUCCGCAAGGGGCAAGUUUCAGAAGAGGAGGGGCGAGGCAGCCUGA